AUGGAUGCUUGCUUUUGCCAGAUUCUGAAUGGCCUGGAUUCUGUUGUCAGUGACAGGCAGUGGGCAGCUCACGAAGCAUCAAAGCCGGAACCAGUGCAUAACUGGAAUUCUAGAAAUCUCCGCCCCCAGUGGGUUUUCUCUUCUUCCACAACAAGUCUCUUCUCAUGCCCGGCUGGUUUCCUCUUCCUUCAUCUUCCUCCUCCACCCUUCAAUCUCAAACUCCUCAAGGAUCUAGUCAUGAUGAAGACCAUCUCAUAUGUGAUCGACCCAGACGGCGAUAUCGAGCUCGUACUGAGAGAGCCUAGUUCUCGCCAGAUCAUCCCCGAAAUCCACUCCGAUGAUCUACCGGACUCCGACUUCGACAACCCGCCUUCAACUGGUCGUUACGCCAUUUUCGACGAGCUCUACACCAAGCCAACGGCCACGACUGGUACUCAGAAUAUUGAAGAGGAUCAUGAGCCUCGGGAAGUUCAUAUGCGCAUCUCAUCGAAGCACUUGUCCUUUGUGUCCAGCACAUUCCGCGAUCUACUGCACCCUUUGCGCAACGAAGAUGCUUCUGCUCAAUUUUCUGCCUGCUCUUCAUCUCCUCCUCCCGCUUUUCGACCUUCUACCAAGAUUUACACGGUUGGCUGGGAUGCUGUGGCCCUUGCUAUCGUGCUUGAUGCCAUCCAUGGACGCCACGCAGAGAUCCCUCGAGAGGUCAUUCAAGUCUUCUUCGACCAUUGGCAGAGAGGAAUCUUUAGUCAAGAUGGUUUCCCUACCAUUCUCUGUAAGACGGCUCUUCUGUGGUUGUACAUCUGCAUUGUCUUCCCAGGAUUGGAGGGCAUCUUCGCAUCCAUGGCUUGUACGGUGUUGUCGGACUUCAAAGGCUCUGCUCAAAUCACUGCUAGAAUGCUUCCAAUCACAACCAUUCUCAGAAAGCUCAAUGAAAAGAGACUCUAUCUCAUCCAACAGAUCAAGGAUGGUCUUCAAGAAUUACACAACUCACUCCUCCAAGGAUCAGAAUGUGUCCUACGCGACCGUUUUUGCUCGUCGCUCACGCUUGGUGUGUUAGUUCACAUGGUACACCAACAUGAACAUGCUGAGCCUCCCUUCAUAGCCCCCUUCGACGGGUACAGUGUUGCCACAGCUUUGAAGCUAGUGACAGAGUGCUCUGAGCCGGUGCCGCGACAUGACAAUCACGGAACAGAUAUGCCCAGAUACAUUGACCCUUACGAUGGCAUGACCUACCCUUGCAGCAUCAGAGGGAGAAUGACACCAGUGGUUGAGAAGGUCGAAGGGGAGCUUUACCGUAUGCGCCCGGCCGACUUCAAAGACUAA